GCCCCUACAAAGUCUCGAGAUCUCCAGCCCGCAUCCAAACCGACAACUUCCAAGCCCGCCAACCCGAGCCAGUUGGGAGCUCUGCCUAAAGUUGAGCCCAAAGAAUCAUCCAAUGCCACUGGGUGGCAUGCUACAAAGCAGACAUCGUCUCAGCAGGUUUACACCAAGAAGAUACCACAUCGCUCCAGCAAGCCUAUCAUAAACUGGUUUCAGCGCAAGUUGUCUGGUACUGUGAAGCCCAGCAGGGUUGCAGAUAACACGUAUGCGCCAGGUAGUUCACAAAAGGCCUCCAAUGGCAAGCAACUCAAUGGCGCAAGCGUGUCGCAUUCCAGGUCGAAUAGUCGUUCUGUAUCUUCUCCUUUGCCGCAGGUCACGCCAACCUCAUCGCAGAGACAGGGUGUAAUUGGAAAUGGCAGUCGAAACGGUUAUACUGUCUCUCAGCGGAAAACUAUUUCUCUAAAUGGAGAGGGAGAUUUAGAUGCCGGGUUCAUACAUUCAGACGACGAAGAUAUUGACGCGUCAACUCAUCGCUCGUCACUAGCUCGCGACUCCUUUUGGUCUCCUGCAAGUGCUCUCGAAGCAGAUGAAGAUGCCUCUCUCCGGCCUCUUCCCCCCAGCUCACCUCCCUCUCCCUCGCUAUCCCACUCCUCAGCCUCGUAUCUAUCCAACUCUCGCACCUUCAGAAGCAUCGCGGCGAGUACAAAACCAACUACAGUACUAAGCGUUGACCUUGGUCCUGCUGGAGUAGGACACAUAGCACAAGUUCCCAUUACACCAGUAUCCCAAACUAGUCCUCGUUUUUCGCCCCAUGUACGGACAUCAUCCACUGGAACGAACAGUGGGUUGAUAGGUAGUGGAGCAUCCGUUACCUUCUCUGCUCUCCCGCCCUCACUUCAAUCAUCUUCUCGCCCGCCCUCCUCCCUGAAUUUCAGCUCAUCCACUCCGGGAUUGCUAGGCCCGUCACCUCACGUGCCUGGACUACAAGCCCCCCUGUAUACCGCGUAUCAUCCAAGAAACAAUCCUCGUCCUUCUUCUCCGCCCAUGGACAAUGCUUCUGUUUUGACCCUUGCUUCUUCUGCUUAUGCUAUGCCCGGGGCACGUCUAACAGUGGGAUCCAUGGGCUCAACUACGCUGUCGGGGCUGAUUGGAGGUGGAGACUCAAUUUCUCACCUAGAAGGCAGCUUUACCGGAGAUGCAGAAGGCGACGUCAUGAGCCAGUUUGUCCUUGGAGAUGAUGAUCGCCAAGAUGUUGAUGCAGAGCGUGAUGUAGGUGCUAGUAUGCGUGCUCUCCGUCCACGGAGCUCGCGGAGGGGAAGUUGGGAUAGCGAGGUUAGUGGAUGGAGUGCUAGGAUCCUGGGAACAGGGGGGGCCAUAAGUAUGGGCAGCAAGAGCUUGUGGACAAGCAACAGCACAAAGACUGGCGGACCUCUGAGCAUGGAUGAUGAAGAAGCCACCGGUGGUUUGGAAACCUCAGUGGAAGACAAAACAUCUUCGGAUGAACCAGAUCGAGCUGAUGCGCCUACGCCCGAGGCACCUGUUGUAGGCGAUGAACAGCACUCGACCAAAGAGACCCCAGUUAAAGAAGCCUCCGAAUCUGUCGAUGAUGUUUCUGCU